AUGAGACAGCUCGCACGUCUCGUCCUCCCCGUGCUCGUCCUCGACGUCAGGUUGGUGGCGGGAGCACAGGAGCGUGCGCCGGUCGGCGUCCCGGCCGCCCUCGUCCUCCAGCUGGCGGUCCUCCCCAUCCAGGGCGUCACCACCAUGGUCAGCAGGAUCUUCAGCAGGAUCGUCAGCCCCAUCGUCACCGGACUCCUCCUCGACAAGCCCAUCCAAGAUGCCCGCGAACCGAGCGGGGCCGGGGCCGGGCGCGGGGGUGUGGAUGACGGGUCCGCCGGCGCCAGGUCUUGGAGCUGCGUCGGAGUCGGACGAGCGCCCCGGCUGCCGACUGGGACCGCUCCCGCUCCUGGGAGCGUGACCUACCGCCUCGCUCCGCCGUCAGUCGCUGGACAUGAGCGGUCAGCCGCUGGAUCUCCUCCUCCGCCUGGUCCUCCUGGAAGAUCUUCCGCUCGAUGA